GUUCAUAGAACUCAUGUCUUUUCUGUGGCCACCCAAGUGGGUUUUGAGCCCACAUCCUUUCGACUCGCUCGCACAGACACACUGAUGCACACAGAGAUGACAAAGACGACGGUGAGGAUUGUAUUGACACAGAGACACAACUAUCUGCACAGACACACAGCAUAGAACUAUGCACCUCCACACUCUGUUCAACCAUUGAAGCUGAAGUACUGGUCAGCUACUACUGGAGCAUCUCAACUCAUAGCAUGACAUCCAACGCCACGCUUCCAUUCGUCCUCCUUGCCUCAGCCGGCCGAGAUGACAAGACCACUGUGGUGGACAUUGACGCCAUCAUGGACAACUUCAUCAUUGUCCUCUACACGCUGACCAUUGUCCUGGGCACCACGGGCAACUCUGUGGUCAUCUGGGUGGCGGGCUUCAAGCUCAAGCCCACCGUCACCAACGUGUGGCUGGUCAACCUGGCCGUGGCCGACCUCAUCUUCUGCCUGAGCCGUGUGCUCUCGCUGACCAAGAAGCUCUUCUUCGACUACUGGCCGUUCGGCAUCUUCCUGUGCAAGUUCAAUGGCUUCUUCAAGUACACCAACAUGUUCUGCAGCGUGUUCCUGCUUGCCGUCAUCAGCAUGGACCGGGCACUGUGCGUCUGGCACCCCGUCUUUACCAAACGCCGCCGGACACUCUGCGCCGCCCGCCUGAUGAGCACCGGCGUGUGGGCGGUGGCGGCCAUUUUGAGCGCCCCUUACUUUGCCUACCGCCAGGUCUACCUGGGCAAGAACAACCUGAGCAAGUGCUCGCUGGAGGUCAAGGAGCCAAUGGAAGGCGACAACAGCGCUAAGCUAGCGCUCUACUCCAUCCGCUUCCUAUGCGGUUUCCUGCUUCCUUUUCUCAUCAUCCUCUGCUGCUACGUCCUAGCAGGACUGGGCAUCCGACGCACCCGCCUGUCGGGCAAGUCGCGUCCCCUUCGUAUCCUGGCAUCGCUGGUCUGUGCCUUCUUCCUGUGCUGGGCACCCUACCACUGCCUUCUACUGGCCAAAAUGAUGUACAGCAAGAAUAACAUGGUGAAGGUGGGGCUGACAGUGGCCAAAGGCUUUGCUUACUUCAACAGUUGUGUGAACCCGCUGCUGUACUUCUGUAUGGGGUUGGACAUGAGGGGUUCAAGGUUCAGGCAGAGCUUAGCGGGGGUGUACCAGAGAGCACUAGCCGAUGACAGGGAUGGUCGGUCCACGCAGUCCAACGAGCGCACAGUGGAUGAUAGUUCUGGCCCUGCGUCACGACCUGUAAUGGUGACUGGUCAGUCUCGAGUGAAUGUGGCCAACUUCUGAGGGAAGUCACAUUUGGUAUGAGGAGGGGUUUCAUUCCUUAUUAAUUUACAGGCUAGUUAACACUGUAUAGCUGAAUAGCUUGUGUAGCUUGUGUAGUUGUUCAAACCGUUCACAUUCCAUUGACUUUGUUGUAGCUAGCUAAGAGAGUUUGUUGUAGCUAGCUAAGAGAGUUUGUUGUAGCUAGCUAAGAGAGUUUGUUGUAGCUAGCUAAGAGAGGCGGAAGCUAGACCACAGGGGAUACAUAGAGACUGUGAAUUUAUGUAAAUGACUGAAUAAAUAACUCUCACAGUUUCAAA